AUGAUUAAAUAUAUUAUUCUGUCAUUCUCUAUAUUGCAAGUACUAAGCAAAACAAAGGAUGAAUGGAAGUCAAGAACAGUUUACCAAUUGCUUACUGAUCGAUUUGCAACCAGUACUGGCAAAUCAAGUUCUUGCAAUUUGAGUAAAUAUUGUGGAGGAGAUUAUAAAGGAAUAAUCAAUAAUCUGGAUUACAUCACAAGUAAUUAGAUUAUUAAUGCAUUAGACAUGGGAUUUGAUGCUAUUUGGAUUUCACCUGUAAAUGACAAUUACGAUGAUGGAUAUCAUGGGUAUUGGUAUAGAAAUAUGUAUGACGUCAAUAAAAACUUUGGAAAUGCAUAGGAUCUGAAAAAUUUAGUUACUGCUUGUCAUAACAAAGGAGUAUGGGUAAUGGUAGAUGUUGUUGCUAACCAUGUAAAUAAUAAUGUUAAAAUUAGAUGGGCAACACAAAUUAAGACUAUACAAAAAAUUAUCCAUUUAAUUAAUCAGCUCAUUAUCAUGACUAUUGCAUCAUAAGUGAUAAUGAUUUCAAUACUCAUAAUCUAGCAAAUAUAUAGAAAUGCAGAUUGGCGGGUUUAGCCGAUUUAAAUUAAGACAAUUCAUUUGUAUAAAGUGAACUAAUUAAUUGGAUAAAAUGGUUAAUAACUGAAUAUUAAUUUGAUGGAAUUAGAAUUGAUACCGUUAUGAUGGUCAAGACUGAUUUUUGGACCAAAUUUACUAAUGCAGCAGGAGUCUAUUCUGUAGGAGAAGUGUUUGAUGGGGAUAUGGGUUUCUUAAAAUAAUUUAUAGGCCCCAUAAAUGGACUACUAAAUUAUCCAUUGUUCUACACAUUAAGGGAUGUAUUACUACACAAUAAGGGAAUGAAUACACUUGAAACCUUCUUCAAUAAUAUUGCUAGUUCAUUUGGAAAAGCAAAUUUACCCUAUAUGGGCAAUUUUAAUGAUAAUCAUGAUAAUGCUAGGUUCUUAAAUGAUGCUGUUACCGGUUAUAUUCCCUAAGACUUUGAAUUCUUUGGAGAAAAUUCAAACUUCACCGUAACUGCGCUAAAGAAGCUUCAAUUUAAAGCUAUCACUGCAUUUACACUCACCUCAGUCGGUAUACCAAUGAUAUACUAUGGAACUGAAUAAUAUUAUGCAGGUGGCAAUGAUCCAAAUAAUAGGGAAGUUUUAUGGAAUCAUUUAGAUUAGUAAAAAUAUAAGUUUAAUAAAUAGAACUUCUGAAAUGUAUAAGUUUAUUAAAACAAUUAAUGAAGCAAGAAAAACUACAAAAGCAGCUUCUUAAGAUUAAAUCUAAAGAUAUGCAGAUGCUGAUAUCUAUGCAUUUACAAGAGGAACAUUGUUUGCCGCCUUUUCUAAUAAAUAUGAUAAAUAAGUAGUCAAAUCUAUUACAUAUCAUCCUUAUGCAGAAGGUAACUAUUGUUUUUACAGUCUAGGAACUACACUUUGCAACAUCUUUUAUACUACUGACUGUGUGAAAGUUGCCAGUGGAGCAUUUCCUUUAUAUCUAAAUUAUGGAGAAGUUAAGAUCUUCAUUCCAAAAUGAU